CCUCCUCCAGUGUCGACAACCAAUGACAGCGAGCUGCGGCCGGGCUGAUGUAAAGUUGCAUUUCCGCAGCUGAAUAGACUCCGCCGACACUCGCUUCUGGGGUUUCGUUUCCAUUUUUUCCAAUACAAAAAUAUUUAGCUUCCCCUCCUCAGCGGACUGUCUUAGCACCUGCGCAGACAUGGCGACAGAGUUAACGAAAGGUGUGGAGCAAGUAUCAGUGGGGGAGCUGUAUGUGUCGGACAAAUGUGGCAGCGACCAGGACGGAGACGGCACGGAGCAGAAACCCUUCAAAACUCCCCUCAAGGCUCUGAUGUUUGCUGGAAAGGAGCCAUUCCCGACCAUCUACGUAGAAUCACAGAAGGAGGGAGAGCGUUGGGCGGUGAUCUCUAAGACGCAGAUGAAGAACUCAAAGAAAGCCUUUAACCGUGAGCAGACGAAGUGCGAUUCCAAAGAGAAGAAGGAGGCAGAGGACACCGAGAGGAGAGAGAAGAACCUAGAAGAAGCCAAGAAGAUCAACAUUGAGAAGGACCCCAGCCUGCCUGAGCCUGAUACGGUUAAAAUCCAUCAUCUGGAGGCCAAGAGAGGGCAGAGAGUCAAAGUGUUCGGAUGGGUUCAUCGCCUCAGGAGACAGGGGAAGAACCUGAUGUUUAUCGUGCUGAGAGACGGAACUGGUUUCCUGCAGUGUGUCCUGUCUGAUAAACUGUGCCAGUGCUACAACGGCUUGGUGUUGUCCACAGAGAGCACCGUCGCUCUAUACGGGACCGUAACUCCAGUUCCUGAAGGCAAGCAGGCACCGGGAGGCCACGAGCUGCACUGUGACUUCUGGGAGCUGAUCGGCUUAGCUCCGGCGGGCGGCGCCGACAACCUGCUGAACGAGGAGUCGGACGUGGACGUCCAGCUGAACAACCGACACAUGCUGAUCAGAGGAGAGAACGUCUCCAAGGUCCUCCGGGUCCGAUCCACCGUCACGCAGUGCUUCAGGGAGCACUUCUUCAGCCGCGGAUACUGCGAGAUCACUCCUCCCACCAUGGUGCAGACGCAGGUGGAGGGCGGCUCCACGCUGUUUAACUUCAACUACUUUGGCGAGGAGGCGUACCUGACGCAGUCCUCUCAGCUCUACCUGGAGACCUGCAUCCCCGCCCUGGGCGACACCUUCUGCAUCGCCCAGUCGUACCGGGCCGAGCAGUCGCGCACCCGCAGACACCUGGCCGAGUACACUCACAUCGAGGCCGAGUGUCCCUUCAUGUCGUUUGAGGAUCUGCUGAACAGACUGGAGGAUCUGGUGUGUGACGUGGUGGACCGAGUGCUCAAAUCCCCCGCCGCGCAGCUGCUCUACGACAUCAACCCCAACUUCAAACCCCCCAAGAGGCCGUUCAAGCGGAUGAACUACACCGAAGCCAUCGAGUGGCUCCGAGAGCACGACGUCAAGAAGGACGACGGCUCCUACUACGAGUUUGGAGAGGACAUCCCCGAGGCUCCAGAGAGGAUGAUGACUGACUCCUUCAACGAGACCAUCCUGCUCUGCCGCUUCCCGGCCGAGAUCAAGUCCUUCUACAUGCAGCGCUGCCCCGAGGACAGACGCCUCACCGAGUCGGUCGACGUGUUGAUGCCAAAUGUGGGCGAGAUCGUCGGAGGAUCGAUGCGUAUCUGGGAUGCUGAGGAGCUGCUGGAGGGAUACAAGAGGGAGGGGAUCGACCCGACCCCGUACUACUGGUACACCGACCAGAGGAAGUACGGCACGUGUCCUCACGGUGGUUACGGUCUGGGCCUGGAGCGUUUCCUCACCUGGCUGCUGAACAGACAUCACAUCAGAGACGUCUGCCUGUACCCACGCUUCAUCCAGCGCUGCCGACCCUGAGCACACACACACACACACACACACACACACACACACACACACUCUGUUGGUAUACCUGGACCCUGGCAUGUGGCAGCACCCUGUCAGCCAUAAAAUGUGUCGCUAGAAUAUUAAAUCAAAUCAAAUCAAAAGGACUUCUAUGUUCCGUCCCUUUUGGCUGGUUUCUGUGUCAACACUCGGUGGUGAAGAGUUCAGAUCAUGACGUCUCGCCACGGACGGUUAGAUGCCUCCUGCUGUGCGCCGCCUCACACUUUACAGCUUCUUUCUUGUUCGUUGUGACUCCAAACCUGAAUCCGAUGGUUCUGCCUUAGCUGUGCUCGUGGGCUGCUUUUAGAUAUAGUUUCCUGUGAUUCUUCACCUGAGGGGAAAGAAAUCGCUCAGUUAUAGCUUUUCCACUUUUUCUUUUCAACUUAUUUAAUUAGUAGUCAGUGAAAUGAUCGCUGUGGUUCAGAGAUGUGACGUCGGGGACUCGUCAUGUUUGUGUUUCCGUGUCGUGUUUCCAUCGGAAGAUCCAUUGAACUCAAUAAAUGUGACUCAAACAGA